AUAAACUCAACGCAGUGAAUAUUAUUCAUUUGUUGCUCCUACGUCCUACAUCGUCCUACAACAUGGUUAAAUAUAUUAAUUAUAUUUUAUCUAUAUUUUUGGUGUUAAUUUUUAUUGGUUGUAUAUACGCUGAUGUUGAGGAGUGUUUGGGUCAAAUGAACUCUGUUAAUUUAACAGUUUUGAGAGACGGCAAUCCUCAAAAUGAAAAUGACAGUAAUAUCAUGAAUAUAGUUCGUGAAUGGAAGUCUAACGGCAAACCUACAAGAAUAGAAAAACUACCGUAUGUGAAAGAUUACAUAGAUAUUAUCCAUAAAGAAGGGAAAGUUAUUAUAAGGCCAGUGCAGUUUUGUCUUAACGUAAAACAAUGAUAUUUUUUAGUAUAUACUCGUCAUGUACUUUAAAUAAACGAUGAUGGUUAAAUGUAAGAAAAUUCGUACUUUAUUAAAUGAGACGAUUUUAUAUUGUGACGAUUUAUAUAAUUUAUUAUAUAUUUAUUACUUAUCUUUAAUAAUACCUAAAUUUUAUUUGAUAUUCUAAUAAUAUUGAUUUAUUUAAUAAAGCAUGAUUAUUUUUCUAUUAUAAUAUUAUAUUCAGAAUUAAUAAAGUCUCACCAUCAUUAUAUCGUA